CUUCGUUGUAGGUUAACAUUUCAUAUGUUGCUUCUCUCUCCAAAAUAUAGUCUUUUACAUUAAUUUUGUUUGUUGCAAUUAUGAUUCAUCUGAUUUUUCAGUGUUCGAUUUUAAUAAUUAACUUUCCUUUUUUUGUUCGUUUGGUUGCUGAGAAAAUGUUUCAGAGGCAAAAGAUAUUAACAAGGAACUUUUCAAACUGACCCAAUACUUAGUUGGAAUGGGUUCAUCUCUGAACAGAAAUUAUACAAACACAAAUAUCAAAUAUAGUGUUUAAUUGUUUAAAGGCAAGUUGGUGAUCAUGAUGAUGAAGUGUACUAUUUGGACCUACUAUGCACUUCUCAUAGCUUCUUUCCUGGGUUUUCUGUGAAACGUAAAAUUCAUUUGUGUAGCACUUGUGUUUCUUUACAUUUUCUUAUACAUAGAUUUCUGUUUAUUUUAGAUGUUAUUUUCAUUAACUUCUUUUCCCAACAGUACCUAUUUUUUAAUUUGCACCUAUUCUGCUCCAACGUGGGGCUUUGGUCCCAUUGGUUCCAUUCCUCUAUCUCGACCACUUGUUUUCACCAUCUUCUCACACUCAACACCAAAGAUUGGGUACUCUUUUCUUCUGGAUUUUUCAGUCAUUUAUUGCAAUUGCUAUGGGUCUUAAAUGUUCAUGCCUUUAUUUGCUUCUUUGAUCUUUCGCUCCUUUUAAGAGUGUGACUAAGGCCCAAGGGUUGUACUCAUGGUAUUGAUUACUGUUCCUUUCCCUUCUUUGCUGGGACGAUCAGCAGACAACUUUUCAAGAUUCCCCUUCAAGAAUUUAUUGUCUAUAACGACCUCUCACCAUUCUUUUGCAGUAACUGAAGAUCAUUUCUUCUUAUUCGGGCAGAAUAAGCAAAUUAUUUGGAAAUUCGACCGGCUCAAGGACAAAACAGAAGGUGAUAUUCCAUGACUUUCCAGGAGGUGCAGAGAGUUUUGAGUUCAUGACAAAGUUCUGCUACAACAAUGCCAAAAUUGAGAUAAAUCCCUUUAACCUCUCUCUCUUAUACUGCAUUGCACAUUUCAUGGAAAUGGACAAAUCUAUCUCUGGAACGGUCAAUUUAUUUGAACAAACUGAGAAAUCACUAAAAGAGAUCAGGUACUGGACAUGGUCUGAGCUUUUGGUAGCUCUGAAGCAAUGCCAAGAGUUGCUUCCUGUUUCAAAUUCUCUUGGUAUACUACAAAAAUGCUUGGAUUCUCUUGUUGGAAGGCUUGCAUUGUCCAACGAAACAAGUCCAUGUCCAUCUACUUCUUCCCCAGAUAGUUCUGGUUUACGGUUUUCUUGUGACACUAGAAGCACUGAGAGCUUCAAAAACAGUUUCUUUCGAACAACAUGGUGGUUCGAAGACCUUGUAACAUUGCAUCCUGAUCUGAUUGAAAUGGUGAUAAAAUCAUUGGUAUCCCGAAAAUUUGACCAUAGUAUUAUUAGUAGGUUCCUAUUUUAUUACCAAAAGUCAAGAUUUAUUACUGCCACGUCAGAUGAGAAGUGCAAAAUCACUGAGGCCGUCAUUGAUAUGCUCUAUUCUCUGGAUCAAGCCACCGUUUCUUACAAGAAUUUAUUUGGGAUUCUUCGAGUUGCUCUGACUUUAAAUAUUAGAAAAUGCUGCAGGAACAACUUAGAGAGUAUGAUUGGUUCACAGAUGGAUCAAGCAACACUAGACAAUCUGCUUGUUCCAUCUCCAAUCAGGACUAAUUAUCUGUAUGACGUGAAUCUUGUCCUGAGGCUUUUAAGAUCAUUUCUUGACAGAGGGAUAUGUCCUGUACCAUUGGUUCGGUCGAAGAAAGUGGCUAGCUUAAUGGACUUGUAUAUAGCAGAAGUAGCCCCUGAUCCUAAUUUGAAACCCUCAAAGUUCUUGGCUUUGAUUAGCGUGCUGCCAGAUUCUGCCAGAGAUACUUAUGAUGGAAUCUACCAUGCCAUGGACAUGUAUUUAGAGGUUCAUUCUGGAUUAUCUGAAGAAGAAAAGAUGAACAUCUGUUGUGGACUGAACUAUAAAAAGCUCUCAUCAGAAGUUUGCAGCCACCUUGCUCGGAACACAAAAUUCCCAUCAAAAUCUGCUGUCCAAGCUCUCGUCUCUCAGCAGAGUGUGCUCAAAAGCUUGCUCCAAGAAACCAACCAACCAAAUCCCUUUAUCGAUUCACCAUGUAGUUUUGUGGAAAUCGAUAGCACGGGAAAUGAAAAAGCUUGUGAACAAAUUGUACUCUACGCAGGAAAGCUUGAUCUUUCAUCUGAGAAUGAGAAUCUCCGAGCACAUCUGCAAGGUAUGCAAUGGAGGGUGCAGGAAUUGGAGAAAGUCUGUCGAAAAAUGCAAGCCCGAAUGACAAAGAUUAUGAAAUCAAGAUUAUCAAGUCAUAGUAAUGCCAGAUCCUUACCCAGACUGUGUUCAUAAUAUAUAAUUGCAAAUUAAUUUUUCCUAAAUCAUUUUCCUGUACAUGCAUGUAGAUGGCAUGAGAAAUGGGCUAUAUAUUUUGUGAUUGUAAA